GUCGGCUCUGAUGCCGCAAUCGGGUACCGGUGACAGGAACUAUUCGCGGCAUAUGAUCAGUUAUUAUUAUUAUUAUUAUUGCGUUGCAAUAAUUUUUCUUGCCGGCUCACUAGGGAAUUUAUUUUUCUACGGCUCACAAACGGCACCAAUUUAUCUGUAUGUACAUGUACAUUACAUAUCCGCUGCGGGAAAUUCAACAUCCAUAACGUAGAGCUUGGAAGAGUCGACGGUUCUUUAUGUUUUAAAAAGGCUCAGAGGGUUUUGCGAUCCGGUGAUCCGGUUCUCAGGACAAAGCUCUCCCAACUGAAGAUUAUUUGUUGUUCAAGCCGGGAUUGCAGGCUGGCCCCCCAUAUUUUGAGACGAGACUACUCGCGCUAACUACUUGAAACUAACCAUCGCUGCCAGAGUAGUGGGGAGGCCAUUAACCGAGGAGCUGCCUCGGAACCCUGGCGUUUCUAUCAGUCCUAUAACUAACCUAUACCUAGCCCAAGGGAUACUACGCUGCAUUAAGUAGUAGUAAUAAUGUGAGUGAUGAAUAAAAAGAACGCUUCACGGAUGCUUAAACGUGCCGAAAACAGGAUGUCUGGUUUGCCCAUGGACAUCAUGGAAAAUGCUCCGUCUAACUAGACGCCGACUCGAAAUAGACGCCGCCCCUAGGUACCCCUUCCUCCCCACAUGACACGUUUUUCUCCCGCCUGCGCUUCUCUUCGUCUUCUUUCUCUCUGUCUUCCUCUUCCUCUCCUUCUUCCCCUUCUUCUUCUCCAGCUUCCAACCACGACAGCCGGCAUUGAGGAACCAUUUCAGUCUUGCCUUCCGCUUCUUUAUCUUUGUCUGCGUCUUCGGACAUAACUUUGGUGGGAUGGUCUUCACACCUCCAAAAUGGGUUGGGCCAGCCCCGAACAUCCCAGAUAGCACCCCGAUUUCUGAGUUCAUGCUUACUGAACGCCAUGGCCGCUAUCCAUUGCGAGACUCUUAUGAUCCCUUCGUUUGUGGCCUGAGCGGAAAGUCCUACUCUGCCCCGGAAGUUGUAGAGCGCGUGGAUGUUCUCGCGCGCUCCUUGUGCAAGGAACUUGGCUGGCGUCCGAAUGAAGGGCCAGAGAGCAACCGGGUGGCUUGUAUCUUCAGUGUGAACACGAUCGACUACCUGACUCUCUGCUGGGCCAUCCAUCGAUGCUCCGGCGUUGCUUCUCCUGCGAAUGCGACCUAUUCUGCCCCUGAACUCACCCACCAACUCAAGGACAGCGGAUCGAAGUCCAUUUUCACAUGCGUCGUAACUCUUCCCAUUGCUCUAGAGGCUGCAUCCAAUGUUGGCAUCCCCAAAAGCCGCAUUUAUCUUCUUGAUCUGCCGCCUCAGCUUUUAGGUGGUGGGAAUAAGCCAGACGGAUUCAAAACGGUGGACCAGCUCAUUAAAGAAGGUCACUCAUUACCAGAGGUGGAGAAGCUUAACUGGCAGCCAGGGCAGGGUGCAAAGCAAACUGCGUUCCUUUGCUACUCUUCAGGAACCUCCGGAUUGCCGAAAGGCGUAAUGAUAUCUCAUAGAAAUGUGAUCGCCAAUACGUUGCAAAUUAAGGCGUAUGAGUCGCGACAUCGCGACAGCUUGAAAGCCCCUGGAGCCCGAUUGGACCCCAAAGAUGUGGCUCUAGGCCUUCUGCCCCAAAGCCAUAUAUAUUCGCUGGUGGUUAUUUGUCAUGCUGGCCCUUACCGUGGCGAUAAAGUGGUCGUCCUCCCGAAAUUUGAAUUUAACGUAUACCUCAAUGCUAUUGAAAAGCAUCGAAUCUCAACCCUCUACCUGGUUCCUCCGAUCAUUAUCCUUAUGUUGCGAAAUAAAGUGGAAUGCGACAGGAGUGGCCUCGAUUCUGUUACUACGAUCUUCACUGGAGCUGCUCCACUUGGCGCUGAAACGGCAGAAGAGGUUGGAGUGUGGAAACCUUCCUGGAAGAUUAAACAGGGCUAUGGCCUCACUGAGACAUGCACUGUCGUAUCCAGCACGAGCAACGACGAUAUCUUCCCCGGCUCCUCUGGGUCAUUACUUCCAGGCGUCGAAGUACGCCUUGUAUCUCCCGAUGGCAAGGAGAUAACCGGCUAUGACCAGCCAGGCGAGCUCGUCGUUCGCUCUCCAUCUGUCACGAUCGGUUACUUGAACAAUGAAAAGGCGACCAAGGAAACGUAUAGGGACGGCUGGAUGUAUACGGGCGAUGAAGCCGUUUUUCGCCUCUCGCCCCGUGGUAACGAGCACGUCUUUAUUGUCGACCGCAUAAAGGAACUCAUUAAAGUGAAGGGUCUACAAGUCGCCCCGGCUGAGCUGGAAUCACAUCUCCUCUCCCAUCCAGCUGUUGCCGAUUGCUCCGUAAUCCCCGUCCCAGACUAUGCUGCAGGAGAGCUACCAAAGGCAUUCGUUGUCAAAUCUCCUGCUGCGGGUACUGAUGAUGCGGCUACCAUCAGAUCAAUUCAGAAGUAUGUCGAAGACCACAAAGCACGCCAUAAAUGGCUGAAGGGAGGUGUAGAGUUUAUCGAUGUUAUACCCAAAAGCCCUAGCGGGAAGAUUCUGAGGCGGUUAUUGAGGGACAGGGAAAAUGAGGCGAGGCGGAAGGCUGGAGUGAAAUUGUAAACCUAUUUUGCUUCCUGGCUUUCUUCUUUGUUUGCCCUAUUGUCUAUAUAAGGGCUAGGUACCAGAUCUUCUGGAAGGGCGCCUGGAACUAUAUAUGCUACAUGAUAUUAUAUUUAAACUGUAAAACGAUUAUAAACCCGCAAUUUUAGAUAUUUUUAUACUUCAUUGACACAACCGAGUAAAUCACUGGGAGGCAUUGGAUUAGCAAUUCCUGUGUGUAUGCAAUGUAAUGUGCUCCAUACAUCAUAGAAGAAUUAACCCUGAUAAUAGCCCCCAU